GUCCGUCCGUUCGGCCGUUCGUGCGUCGUCGUGUGGCUCCGACUCUUCCACCGGUACAGUGGAAGAGAGACCAAAACCCCACUCUCCCCUCCACCCCCCCUCUCUCUCUCUUUUUCUCAUUGCCUGUCCCUCCCUCCCCUCCCCUUCUCUCUCUCUACUCUCUUUCUCUCUUUCGCCCUGUGUCAGUGGGCUCUUCAGUUUUCCGCUAGCCUCUUGUGUGCGCGUAUGUGUAGGUGCUUGUUGGAGGACAUUCUUCUCAGCUGUUCCUUCUUUGUGUGGGUGGUGGCUUUAUUCUCGCUUCUUUCAGCCGUCUGGUGCUAACAUGUAUUUGACCCCUCAGUGACAUGCGGAUUUUUCCCGGAGUAGCCCAUGCACUGACCCAAGUGACGUAAAUAACGGGAGAAAAAAAAAUGUUCGUCGAACGAUUGCACGUUCUGAUGUUACGAUGUGAAAUUCUGUGGUGUGGUGUACUUCUAAGCUGUUUGAAAUAAGUUAUGGUGAUAUAUUCCCUGUGUUUUGAAGGGGUAUCGUUAUUAUGUUCAUCGAUUGUGCAAGAUAUUCAGAGGAUAGCAGACUUAACCGUGUGACCGGCGUGGAGACUUUCAUUGUGUGUAGAGAUUUUACUUUCAUGUUGUGGAUUUAAAGUCACUGUCUCGGUGUAGAGAGAAGAGCUUCAGAGAACUGGAUUUGUCAGUGGUCGGGAUUUCUCGGCGGUAUUCAGUAUUGUGCUGCAGGAUGCCAUGGGCGAGGAUUUGAUGCUUGUCGAUGCCUCUUUAAACAACUGCCAGUAAAUCCGGAGGAUUAGUGACGUGUGAAGCGUGUUCUGCUUGUGUUUACUUUGUGUGUUUCGAUCUGGAUUAACGCGCGGAUCACAUUCCCCACUCCGCCCCUACCCCCCUCGUCUCCCCCUGAAGAGGAUGAUGACGUGUUAAGCUGGAUCGUGGAUAUUUCUUUGUUGUUUGGCCGCCGCUUCCUGCGUUUGCCGGCUCUGCAGCAUCAUCGCCACCCGAGGCUGGUGGGAGAAGGUGGCGAUGAACGUGCCGCAGCCGGGUCAAAACCCGCCCCAGCACCACCACCACCACUACAGCAGCUACUACAACAGCCAUUACAACCAGCAGUAUCCCCACCACAUCGGCAGCAACAGCGUCAGCAGUCGGUACCAGCUGUUGAGCAACAACAGCAGCAAGGGCAGCCUCCCGUACCAGGGUCACCAGUACCUGCAGUAUAACCAUCACCACCACCACCACCCUCUUUACCACCAUAAGCCCCACCCCCAGCCUCUCGCCCACCAUGGAGGGGGUGGGGUUCUGGGUGCGACCACGCCCUCUGCCUCCGUAGGGGCGGCGCUUGACGAGCUGAUGUGCAGUGACAAGACUCCUGAGGCUGCCCCGUCCUCGGUCUCCUCUUCCAAUGUCUCCCCCAACAGCAUGUUCUUCAGGUCUGUGUCCAGUGUCAACGUGGUUUUUUUGGGUGGUUGAUCGAUAGAAGAGGCAGAAAGACAGGUGCAAGUG